AUGAAUAUCACUAUGAGAUUCUUCUAUGUCUUCGUAUUUGUUACCAUGCAUAUACAGAAUUCAAGCUCGGUUGAUUUUGAUUAUUUGGCUGCUUUUAACUUCGGAGAUUCCAAUUCUGAUACUGGUGAUCUCGUUGCUGGCCUUGGCAUUCAUCUUGACCUUCCUAACGGACAAAAUUACUUCAAAACUUCUUCCCAGAGAUUCUGCGAUGGACGUCUUGUCAUAGAUUAUCUAAUGGAUGCAAUGGACAUGCCAUUUCUAAAUCCUUAUUUGGAUUCAUUAGGAUUACCAAAUUUCAAAAAAGGGUGUAACUUUGCAGCCGCAGGAUCUACCAUUCUUCCCGCAACCCCAACCUCGGUCUCUCCCUUUUCCUUUGAUCUACAAAUCUCUCAGUUCAUCCGGUUCAAAUCUAGGGCCCUUGAAUUACUUGCUAAAACUGGGAGGAAAUAUGAAAAGUACUUGCCACCACUUGAUUAUUAUGCAAAAGGACUAUACAUGAUUGAUAUAGGCCAAAAUGAUAUAGCUGGUGCCUUCUACUCCAAGACUCUCGACCAAGUUCUUGCUUCUAUUCCUUCCAUUCUUGAAGCUUUUGAAGCUGGACUAAAGAGGCUAUAUGAAGAAGGAGGCAGAAACUUCUGGAUACACAACACAGGGCCUUUAGGAUGUUUGGCCCAAAAUAUUGCAAAAUUUGGGACAGACUCAACAAAACUUGAUGAGUUUGGAUGUGUUAGUUCCCAUAACCAAGCAGCCAAACUAUUCAACCUUCAACUCCAUGCUCUCUCCAACAAAUUUCAAGCUCAAUUCCCUGAUUCAAAUGUUAAUUACGUUGAUAUCUUCUCUAUCAAAUCUAAUCUCAUCGCUAACUAUUCCCGGUUUGGUUUUGAAAACCCGAUAAUGGUAUGUUGUGGAAUCGGAGGGCCACCGUUAAACUACGAUAGUCGCAUUUCAUGUGGCCAAACUAAAGUCUUGAACGGGACAACAGUAACGGCCAAAGCUUGCGAUGAUAGUUCGGAGUACAUAAAUUGGGACGGUAUUCACUAUACCGAAGCCGCAAACCAUUUCGUUUCAUCUCAAAUCUUAACAGGAAAAUAUUCCGAUCCACCGUUUUCAGAUCAAAUGCCAUUUCUUCUAAGCUUAAAAUUUUAA